AUGGCAUGGCGCCCGAACCGUGGUGGGAGCCAUUCAGCACAUCCACAUCCAACAUCCACAUCCACAUCCCAUCCACAUGCACUGAUUGGACCCGGGCAAGGGCCAAAGCCACAAGCAGGCUUGGAACCGAAACCGAGCCUGAGCACAAGAACCCAUAUCUUCCAGCGGCGAGCCACACGUUCGCGCGAACCAGGUACCGGGCGGGUAUCCGCCGACUCCGCUUGCAGCGUCCCAUGUUCCAUGCUUGCGAUGGUAUGGUGCGUUCGUUCCUCCAUCCUGUGGCCCGCGGCGACAUCCCACACGACGGCCCUCCGCCAUAUGUGUUCUGUGGCGUUUUCUGGCUUGGCGCGCUGGGGAGCACGGAAUAGGGGAUGGAAUAGGGGAGGAUUGGGCGUGGAUUGGACAUGGAUUUGGACGUGGAUUGGACGUUGGAUUGGGCUGGAUUGGGGGCCGGAGUCCGCAUUUGGGGCAUCCCAGGGGCGGCGAUUGGCUGGGUCAGAUACACUUUGGGUCGAGCAACGGUACGGCGGGGGGCGUUCCACACGUUCAGUGCGUUAUCUUGACCUUUUGACUGUUUGGAUGCACGAAAUGGCCGAGGUUCAAGAUUUCAAAAAUUCUCCUGCUGCACGAACCGGGCCCGUCGGGCUCUCGGGAUAA